AUGGCGUUUCUUGGACAAACAGGGAUGGCAUAUGAUACAACAAGGGAGAAUGGGAUAAUAUUUAACGAAAAGACAACACUAGGAGAACUUGUAGUACAAGGUAUAACGGUUAAUCAGGACGUCGCUAUAAGGGUGCCGGAUAAUUAUAAACAAACCUGUAAAUUAGGAUCUAUUCGUAUAAAUUGCACAGGGACAAUUGACAGUGAAAAACUAGAUCAACAAGAUGGAACGUAUCUGUCAGUAUACGUAGGCAAACAAUGUACAGUUGAUUUAUCAAGAGCAGAAGGAGAAGUAGACGAAGAAAUAUCCGUAAUGCAAUUCAGACUAAGAGGGGAACGGAUAAUAAUUAAACAGAUCCUUAUAAAACCCACCAUUAAUCAAAAUUAUCAAUUCAACAACCAUACAAUCAAUAUGGAAACUCUAGAAAAAGAAACUAGGAAACGAUCAGUAACCGACAAGUUAGAAACAACCACCCAGUUAAACAAUACUGAGCAUACAGUAACAAACUCUCCAGAACAAAUAAAAUCAAAUGCAAUUACCACUACGCCUACCAUAGCCACUCAAGUGAAAAAUGAAGAAGGUAUCACAAAACAAUUGAGUACCUCAACCACCAGAUCCCAUGUUGUCACCACUGUCAAUGAAUCACACGUAAACGCUACAACUGUUAACAAAUUCACCGAAAUUAAUUAUCUAAGGAAUGUAACUAUUGUCAGUAAUUCACACAUACCCACCAACACUCUUGAAAAAUCCACUCAAGCCAAUGAAAUAAGGGAAAUAGCCAAAUCCAGUGAAUCAAUAAAGACCACUACUAUCAUUUAUGAUCCAGUACGGGAAAAAGGGUUAGAAUUUGAAUAUGUAUAUGUAAUAUGUGUAAUAAUGGGAAUAAUAAUAUUAGCAAUGAUUAUAGCAGUAAUUAAUUUAUGUCAUUAUUACAAAGUAAUAGGAAGAAGUCGAUUUGAUUAUUUGAAUCCAAUAGCGGUUAGAUCUUAUUCAACUCGAGAUAAUCUAGAGUUAUCAGAAACAAGGUUAUAA